AUGGGACAUUACGCUCUGGACCCAAGUACUGUACCGCCUGAUAUAGUCGAACGACAGACAGUCUGUUUCUCAAGUCCUCAGCCAGGCAUGGUCGUGCAGCACGGCGAGGCCGGGUUCAAGAAUGAGUUAUUACGACUUUACUCCGCAGCCGAGAGCAACGCCGCCGAAGAGCUCGUCAAGCUCAAGGAUGCCCUAAGGAAAUCCGACUCGGAGUCCUUCUGGCCGCUACUUACCGAAGGAUUAGCUACCAUUGCCGAUGCUCAAUAUGCUUUCGUUUCAAAGAGGAUCCUCGCCGAUGACGAUGACCUCGCCGUGGAGAUGCCACCUAUUGGAGAACCAGGAUCUUGUUUGAUGGGAGCCGCUUUCUAUUUGAACGAUGGACAUGGAGUCAAGCAACAACUAAACAACUUCAAAUAUCACGCCUACUCGUGUCCUUGUGCGUACAUGCGUCACGACAAAAUCUUUAUCAUUCCAGAUAGACUGAAUGAUUUCAUCGUCAAUAACCCAAAUCCACUUGUUGUUCCUGGAGAGGCGUACCUAGGAAUUCCUCUUUUCGCUGACGGCAAAUGCUUUGCUCACUUUGGGGUCAUGUGGAGUGAAGAGGGAGCUUCCAGGCGUGCUUUGGGCUGGGGAUAUCUGGAGCUACUAUUUCACAGUUUGGAAGAUCUCAUUUUGGAACGUGUUCUGGAGGGAAAGAACUUUGCGCAUUCAGCCGAGCCAUGCCAGGAGGGGCGUCCGUUGAUCAUCCCACACGAAUCGGUAUCUGUAGCGCAGUCUUUGAAACCUUACGCUCGAAGCCUGUCCCACGAACUUAGGACCCCAAUGCAGGGAGUCGUCGGUAUGUUGGACGUCAUCAUGGCGACUGUCAAAGAAGCUGCCGAAGCACCAGAAGACUUUGACGUACGUGAUCUCCUCGAAACUUUGAAGGGAAAUAUCGAGGUUGUUCAAGACUCAUCACGUCGUGCGGUCGAGGCUGCAGACAACAUUGUGCAUGCUUAUGACAUGAAUAUGGGUGUUCCUGAGACACCUCUAACACCACUUGAUAAGAUCUUACAUGACGACACAAGCGCGCGCGAAAGACAUCCCGACAUAUUAGUGGCAGGAAACAACAUUUCGAUGAAGCAAUUUCGAGGUACUAAACGAAAGAGGAGUGAAUCGGCAAGCAGAAGCGAAAGAAUGCUGGAAGCUCGAGCUAGGGUAUCCCGAGCACCCCGUCAACGGCCUCGAUACAGCAACACGGUAGACCCGUCCUCAUCAUGUAAGCCGAUACCUGACUCGACAAUGAAUGCGGCAUCCAAUAUGAUUAUGGAAGAUGAUGAGACUUGUUUGCACGACCUGGAACCAAGCUGCGAUUUUCCCAUGUCUCCCAUGUUUGCCUCGGAACAAUCCACCGCCCCAGGGUUGAGAAACACGGAUUUGAGAGAGGUUGUACAGUACGUCUUCAACGAUGCUCUGAAGGUGGGCGGACGACCCGACUCCGCCAUAGCUCACCAAAUGGAUUUCGGAGAAGAGAUUGAAGUCCAGACGAGGAGUUCCAACGGCCAGAUUAGCACGAAGCGCAUCGAAUGGAUGGUAUCUCCGGACGUUCCCAAAACUAUUCAGAUCGAUGAGAAGGAUCUGGCCAAGAUGAUAUCUUGUGUCGUACUCAAUGCCAUCAAAUUCACUGAUAACGGUACUAUUCAGCUCAAUGCAGCUUUAAGUGCCCAAAACCGUUACAUUGUAAUCACUGUCAAAGACACGGGUGCUGGGAUACCUGCAGCCUUCCUACCUAGCCUGUUCAAGCCCUUCGCCAGAGAGGAUAACUCUACUACCAGAGAGAGUGAGGGACUGGGUCUCGGAUUACUAGUCGCAAAGGGCCUUGCUAGAAAAUUGGGCGGCGAUCUCCUCUGCGUGCAAUCGCACGUCUCGGGACCACAGAAAGGGUCUGAGUUCGAAAUGCGCGUUCCCCUCACACCUGGAGAUGUCUGUAGCCGCUCUACCUCCCCGUUCGGAUCUCGUUCUCCUUCGAUGAAGGAUCGUAUGUCCGUGGAAGCAGAUGAGGCAGCCUUCUCAAAUUCUCAACAGGUCACCACCCCUCCACUGUCGAGCGAUUCCUCAUCUGAAACACAAGGAAGUACAGACAAGAGGGGCUCGAUCGCGUCGUCAUUGCCAGAGGUCUACAAGACAGCCCCUUCGCUACAGCAUCUCGGGUUGCCUUCUCCGCGACGCACCGAAUCGCCAGCCUGGACACGGAGUAGAUCGAAGAGCCGCACCAUCUCCGACAGCAGCGCGUUCGACCAUGCUCUAGCCAGCCGUUAUCCCUUGAACAUUUUGGUAGUGGAAGACAACAAAAUCAACAGGAAGCUCCUCAUCACCAUGCUCCGCAAAUUGGGAUACACCAACGUCUCCGAGGCAUUCGACGGCAACGACGCGGUCGAUCAGAUGAGGAGAAAACACGAGAACGGGGAAAGGGUUGAUGUGAUUUUGAUGGAUCUCUGGAUGCCUUUAUUGGACGGUUUCCAGGCCUCAGACGCCAUCAUGCGCAUGAAACUUCCGUCGCCCCCUACGAUCCUCGCGGUCAGUGCCGACAUUACCGAGGCCGCCCUCGAGCGUGCGGCCAAAGUUGGCAUGAAAGGAUUCAUGACGAAGCCCUUCCAGAUCCGCGAUCUGGAAAAGCUGAUCACCCAGUACUGUGACACACAGUAG